CAAAUGGAUUUUUGUUUACUUGCUCAUCCUAAAAUCCAAAACCACCACACAUGCACCGACUGAGCCGUCUCAACUCGGCACAGCACUGCCUGGUUCUCUUAACCGCUAGCCCCAAAAUCACCAACCCGAAACGCUUCCUCCGCCUCAGUCCGCCGUUCGGAUCUCCUGCUUCUGUACACUCUCGUCGCCGCCGCGUGAUGGACCCCUCGUCUCCCGCGGCGACCACCGGAAUCGAUGAUUUUGUGCACGUACCGGAAGGAGAUCAGAUCUCCGGCGAAAAUUCUGAGAAUUUUUCUGAAAAUGAGGGUGGAAAUGAAGGAAAUGAUGGUAACAGUUUUCAUGAGAGGAAAGUUUUGCCUCCGGAGUUUUCAAGAAGUACGGUGAAGCUCACCUGCGACUCGGCUGCCGAGGGGGGCGAGUGUGAUGUCUACUUGGUCGGGACCGCUCACGUUUCUACGGAGUCUUGCAGAGAAGUACAAGCAGUUAUUGAUUUCUUGAAACCGCAGGUUGUUUUCUUGGAAUUAUGCUCCGGUCGUAUUGCUGUUCUUACGCCCCAAAAUUUGAAGGUGCCAACCAUUGGAGAAAUGGUGGAGAUGUGGAAGAAAAAUCACAAUCCUUUUGGGAUACUUUACAGCUGGUUUCUUGCGAAGGUUGCUAGUAAGCUUGAAGUUCUGCCUGGGGCAGAGUUUCGUGUGGCAUAUGAAGAAGCAACGAAAUAUGGGGCUAAAGUUAUACUUGGUGAUCGACCUGUCCAAAUUACAUUGCGUAGAACAUGGGCUAAAAUGCCUCUUUGGCACAAAACAAAAUUAUUGUAUUCCUUAAUGUUUCAAGCAGUUUUCUUGCCAAGUCCUGAAGCCCUCACUAAAACGCUGAAGGAAAUGGAUGACAUUGACAUGUUGACUCUUGUAAUUCAGGAGAUGAGCAAGCAGUUUCCGACUCUUAUGGAAACCCUUGUGCAUGAGCGUGAUCAAUAUAUGUCGGCCACAUUGUUAAGGACUGCCAGAGAGUAUAAUUCAGUGGUAGCUGUUGUGGGGAAGGGGCACCUACCAGGAAUCCAAAAGUACUGGAAACAGCCUGUUGAGGUGAAGCAACUUCUUACCAUACCAUCCCAAAAGGAUACUGUUCCAGUGCGCAAGAUUCUUGCUACUAUUGGAGUUACAGUUGCAGGGGUUGCCAUCAUAUCUGGUCUUUAUCUCUCCAGCAGGAAAUAAUGUCUUGUGCCUUUCAAAAACAAAAUCUUAUCGAUUGAUCAUUGAAUUCCCAAGUCUAUCAUAGAAAAGCCUGGUUAUCCACAAUCGAAGAAUAUCAGAGAACUGAAGAGAUGAUUUCUUUUAGCAAUGCAGGAUAAUGUCCUCCUGUCAAUGUUGGCUUCUCUUCUUUUUUCCCAAACAACUUUUUUUACAAGGUAAUGACAAGGUGAGGCAAAAUAACGGUACAUAAAGCUACUUAGCUGGAAAUGUUAGUAAGGAAUUCAUAGGACUGGUGGAUACGAUGGUUUGGAAGUGAACCUAUGAAUCUCUGUUCUUUAGCUGCACAGAGAUAUUUUGAGGUGCAUAUAUUGGUCGUUUUUAUUUUUUU